GUUAGUGCUCGAAUAUCUGGCUUCAGCCCAAACCUGAAUUCGGUCAUGGCUUUUGCCCUCGUCUCCCGCUACUGAUAAUCGACAGCUGAAUACUGGACAAAAAAGCAGAGCAGUACUUGCUUGGCGAAACUAGCGGAGUAUAAUUUUGAUUAUGACAGAGGAGCAGCGGCGGAGCACGAAGAGGAAAAGGGGCCAUCGCCAUAGAGGAAAGAGGACAGGCGGCGGAGCUUCCGUGACAAAUAAUGAAUCUUCUUCUCUCGCCGCAUCUUCUGGUUCUGCUUCUCCAAUUAGGAGUGGCUCAAAGUCCUCGUCUUCUUUCCUGGACAAAAUGAAAGCUAAAUUAUCAGGAGGUUAUUUUCGCAUGAUCAAUGAGAAGCUUUACACUUGCAGCGGAGAUGAGGCUCUGAAGUAUUUUAAAGAGGAUCCAUCGUUGUUCAAUGUGUAUCAUUCAGGGUACCAAGAGCAAAUGUCAAGAUGGCCUGAGCAGCCAAAUGAUAUCAUCAUAAAAUGGAUAAAGGAUCGCAGCCCAUCUUUAGUUGUUGCUGAUUUUGGUUGUGGGGAUGCACGGCUCGCUAAAAGUGUGAAGAAUAAAGUUUUCUCCUUCGAUCUUGUCUCAAAUGAUCCUUCAGUAAUCGCAUGUGACAUGUCCAAUACACCUCUUGACCCUUCCUCAGUUGAUGUUGCCGUCUUUUGUCUGUCUCUGAUGGGAACAAACUUCCCCAAUUACCUCAAGGAAGCAAAUCGAGUUCUUAAACCUAAUGGCUGGCUUUUAAUAGCUGAAGUGAAGAGCAGGUUCGAUCCUAAUACAGGAGGAGCAGACCCAAAUAAGUUUGUGAAGGCCAUAUGUGAACUAGGAUUCACCUCAACAUCCAAGGAUUUCUCCAACAAAAUGUUUAUACUUUUCUACUUCAAGAAAAAGGAGAAACAAAAAUCUAAGGACAUUGAAUGGCCUGAGUUGAAACCUUGUUUGUACAAGCGCCGUUAAGGUUGGCGGAUCAGAUUUUGUUAUCACAAUUCAUUCUGCUUAUCAUUUCUGAACCAAUAGGAUUAUAUCAUUGUAGUAACAUAAGUAGUGUAGACAAGCAGCCUCUGAAUGUAGGAGCUUAUAAAAUGUUUUUAAAAAGCUUAGCCAAACAGCCUCUGAAUCUCCAUCUUUUUGGCAUGAUGGAUUCUCUUGAAUCAGUUAAUGAUGAUAUGUCUUGUUGAAAGCUCUGUAUA